AUGACUGUCCUCAUCGCGAUACUUUCACAUUUGAAUAGGUACCUGAUUGCUUUAGAAGCCGAGGAAAUUAAAUACAUUGAAGCAGAUAGUGGUCGCCAAAACUGGAAAGGAAGAAGUACCGUUGACCAAAUAUUUACCCUUAGAGAAAUACAAGCGGAGAGUUAUGAAUACGGAAAACAGACAAUGCUCCUAUUUAUCGACUUUCAGCAGGCAUAUGACAAAGUUAAAAGGACGGAGGUGUUUAGAGCAUUAACAGAAUUAGGGGUUGGCAAGAAACUGACCAAGAUGAUAAAAUUGACAAUCCAAGAGGCAGGACGGAUUAAGACAGGGGGAUACACUCCAGUACUGUGUAGUGUAGUAUUAGAAAAAAUUAUAAAAGAUGCGGGAAUCAACAGAGAGGGCCUUCUAUAUACAAAAAGACACCAAUGCUUAGUCUUUGCCGAUUAUUUAGUUAUCUUAGCAAGAGAUCGGAAAGAGCUGACCAAAAGACUAGAAAAUCAAGCGCAAAAAGUAGGCUUAGUGUUUAAUGAGAAGAAAACGAAAUUUAUGGUGUGGUCAGCUAGGGAUUUUGAGAAGGGAAGAUGUCUACAAUUGAAUUAUGAGAGAGGUAAACGAUACAAGUUUGAGGUAGAAGAUACAUUCACAUAUCUAGGAGCCGUAUAUCUAAGGAACCCAAAUGUAACUCAAGAAUUUAUGGCAAGAAUAAUGACAGGAAACAGAUGUGUCAGCGCAUUACAGAAAAUUAUUAAGAGUAAGAACAUUUCUAGAAGUUUAAAAUCAGAAUGUACCGAACAAUGA